AUGGCCAUGGCGGCCGCGGCGGGGGCUGGGGCCGUUCGCUGCGCGCUCUGCCGGGGCGGCCUGAGGCGCUGGUACCGCACCGAGCGCGGCGUCUACGGCUACAACCCGCGGAAGGCUGCGGGCGGGCGGGCGGAGGAGCAGCGCGGCGCCGGCAGAGCAGUUGACCAUGGUCUUGCUCGUUUAAUAACUGCCUAUGCUGAACAUGGCCACAAAGCGGCCAAAAUAAACCCACUCUUUGCUGGCCAAGCUGUUAUGAACAUGGUACCUGAAAUCCAAGAGCUGGCUGAAGUUCUUCAGGGUCCUCUCAUUACUACAGGACUUAUAAACAUGGGAAAAGAGGAGGCCUCUGUAGAGGAUGUGAUGGCUUAUCUUGACCAUAUAUACUGCGGGCAUAUUUCCAUAGAAACAAGCCAGCUUCCAACUUUGGAGGAGAGAGAAUGGUUUGCUAAAAGGUUUGAAGAGCUAAAGCAAGAAACAUUUACACCUGAAGAGAAGAAGCACUUGUGCAAACUGAUGCUGGAGUCCCAGGAGUUUGAUCACUUCUUGGCCACCAAGUUUGCCACAGUGAAGCGAUACGGUGGUGAAGGAGCAGAGAGUAUGAUGGGCUUCUUCCAUGAGCUGUUCAAGAUGUGUGCAUAUAGCGGGGUCAUGGAUAUCAUCAUUGGAAUGCCUCAUCGGGGAAGGCUUAAUCUGCUCACAGGCUUGCUUCAGCUUCCUCCUGAGCUCAUGUUCCGCAAGAUGCGUGGUUUGAGUGAGUUUCCAGAGAAUUCAGCAGCCAUCGGGGAUGUUCUCUCCCACCUGACAUCUUCUGUAGAUCUGGACUUCGGCUCCCACAGACCUGUGCAUGUCACCUUGCUCCCCAACCCCUCACACUUAGAAGCCAUCAACCCAGUGGCUGUGGGCAAGACACGAGCCAGGCAACAGACUCUGCUCGAUGGUGAUUACUCCCCAGAGAGUUCUGCACAGCCUGGGGAUAAAGUUAUUUGCCUGCAGGUUCAUGGCGAUGCUGCUUUCUCUGGGCAAGGGAUUGUUCCAGAAACACUGACCCUCUCUAAUCUACCACAUUUCAGAGUUGGUGGGAGCAUCCAUUUGAUUGUUAAUAACCAGCUUGGCUAUACCACUCCUCCAGAGCGAGGAAGGUCAUCUCUGUACUGCAGUGACAUUGGUAAAAUCGUCGGAUGUGCAGUUAUCCAUGUGAACGGGGAUGAUCCUGAGGAAGUUGUCCGUGCCACACGACUGGCUGUGGAGUACCAGCGCCAGUUCCGCAGGGAUGUCAUUGUGGACUUGCUGUGCUACAGGCAGUGGGGCCACAAUGAGCUUGAUGAGCCCUUCUUCACCAACCCCAGCAUGUACAAAAUCAUCAGAUCCCGUAAGAGUAUCCCUGACACAUAUGCAGAACACCUCAUGGCUUCUGGGCUCAUGACUGAGGCUGAAGUGUCUGAGAUAAAGACCACAUACUAUUCUAAGCUGAAUGAUCACCUUGCCAACAUGACUUUGUACAAUCCACCUGCUACCAACCUGCAGGCUCACUGGAAAGACUUCGUGGAGCCUUCUGCCACAAUCACCACCUGGGACACGGGGAUGCCUGUGCCUCUCCUGCAGUUCAUUGGAGUAAAGUCUGUGGAGGUGCCUGAAGAGCUCCAGAUGCACAGCCAUCUCCUGAAGACCUAUGCACAGUCAAGAGUUCAAAAAAUGGAGGAAGGAAAUAAGCUGGACUGGGCAACAGCUGAAACUUUAGCAUUUGGUUCUCUGCUGAGCCAAGGGUUUAAUAUCAGACUAAGUGGACAAGAUGUUGGCAGAGGAACUUUUAGCCAACGACAUGCAAUGUUGGUUUGCCAAGAGACAGAUGAUACCUACAUUCCUCUGAAUCACAUGUCCCCAGACCAGAAGGGUUUCCUAGAGGUGAGUAACAGUCCCUUGUCUGAAGAAGCUGUGCUUGGUUUUGAAUAUGGAAUGAGUAUUGAGAGCCCUAAGUUACUGCCAAUUUGGGAAGCUCAAUUUGGAGACUUCUUUAAUGGAGCCCAGAUAAUAUUUGACACUUUCAUCUCUGGAGGUGAGGCUAAAUGGCUUCUGCAGAGUGGGAUAGUAAUUCUUCUUCCCCAUGGCUAUGAUGGUGCAGGCCCUGAGCACUCGUCCUGCCGGAUGGAGCGGUUCUUGCAGAUGUGUGACAGCUCAGAAGAGGGAGUUGAUGGUGACCAGGUCAACAUGUCAAUUGUACAUCCCACCACCCCAGCACAGUAUUUCCAUUUACUUCGGCGGCAAAUGGUCCGAAACUUCAGGAAACCUCUCAUUGUUGCUUCUCCCAAAGUGUUACUCAGGCUCCCAGCUGCUGUAUCAAGUUUUGAAGAAAUGGCCCCAGGGACAACAUUCAAGCCUGUCAUUGGUGACUCCUCAGUAGAUCCUAAAAGUGUCACUCAAGUGGUGCUGUGUUCUGGAAAGCACUACUACGCUCUGGUGAAGCAAAGAGAAACACUGGGAGAGAAGCAGCACAGCACAGCUAUUCUGAGACUUGAAGAACUCUGUCCUUUCCCCCUGGAAGCUUUACAGCAAGAGUUGAGCAAAUACAACCAUGCAAAAGUCUUCAUCUGGAGUCAGGAAGAACCACAGAACAUGGGUCCAUGGUCCUUUGUGUCUCCACGGUUUGAAAAGCAGCUGGGGCUUAAGCUCCGUCUUGUGAGCAGACCUCCUCUACCAGCCCCAGCAGUCGGCAUUGGAACCCUCCACAACAAGCAGCAGGAAGAUGUUCUGACCCACACAUUUAUCUAAGUUUUCCAUGGAUGGACUGCUCCUGAUGUCAGUCAUGUUUAGUGCCACUUCCUGUGAAGCACAAAAGCCAAGAUCCUUAAGGAUCUUAGUUCUCCAAAAUGGGAAAAAAAAAAAAAGUGCAAUAAGUUUGGUAAUGAUGGAGCAAUUUUUCCUGUUAGAGAAUACCUAACAAUGAGAAGUGCCUGUUACUCCUGAUACUUCUUGUUCUCCUAUACAAUUUUCUACAAAAUGUCUUCAUAAGGUUAAAAAUCCAGUCCAGGGGACAGAUUGCUGAGGUCACUGUGAAAUACCUUAUAUCUUGCUGCUUAUUUGCACUUGACAGUUUCCUGGGAUGGUGCAUAUGUGGAAAGAGGUUCUGUUUCUUCUGUUUCCACAGAAGUGUUAGUACUGCUUGAUCAAAUAAAUGCUUCUCCAUGCCUAGGAAUGAGCCAUUUCUAUA